ACGACAUCAACAAGUGCAGCAGUCGUGCAACCAGCAACAUCUUCCUCGUCUGCAUCACCUGACACUCGACAAGAAGAACACGCUGGACAGUCUCAUCCUAUCACCACCACGUCAAGAAGUGCUGCAUCAUCUCCCAUCAUUUCUCCCGCUGCCGCCAUUAUUUCUCCCAAGCAGGAAAACGAACGGAAAAUGAAGUCUCCAGACGAUAGUACAGCAACUGAUGAAACUGUCUUGCCAAGUAGAUCCCCAGAAGCUCUUGUUGUUGCCUCUAGUACAACCACAGCGUCUUGCCCCUCCAAUAGCAGUUCCUACAGAGGUCACAACCCAAAGCAGCUAUUUGAUUUGGCGGAACAGUUGUGUGAACAAAAAAAAUGGACCGAAGCUGAGUCCAUGUUCCUAAAAUUGAAGGACAUAGUGGAACAACAUGGAACGGCAACGACAGGUGGAGCUUCAUCGAGAAGUACACGACCCAAUACAGCAUCGUCAUCAUCUUCACGAACUGCAACUGCAAAUAACCUCGAUUUCGAUGGUAUCGAAUUGGCCGAAGUGUACGCGCAUCUCGGAGUCGUAUGCCAAAGUCUAGACAGGGUGCCGGAAGCAAUUGCAAAGUACCGAUUAGCAGUAGAGAUGGAUCCAGAACUGCACGUCUGCAGCGCGAAUUUGGCCUCUCUAUACCAUUAUCUCGGUGAAAAUGAGGAGGCGCGCAAUUGCAUUGAAAGGGCAUUGGCCGUGGAUCCAGAAAACACUGUGUACCAUGGAAUCAAACGCGGACUUCAGGAUCUUUUGGUAGACAAUGAUGCUGGUGCACUACCUGUAGUGCAUGAAGAAGAUGAUCAUGUUCUUGAGCAGGACCACAACGGUCGUGGUGGAGGCCUUGUUGGAGUUGUUCUUCAAAAAGUUGGAGAAGACCUAGAAGAACCGGAUGUAAUGCUUCACCUGCAUAAUAUUGAGGAGGUCGAAGAUGAAGAAGAGAUAAGUCCCUAGAUGAUGAAGGAUCGACACUCAUAUUAGUAUUUAUAGGGUUAGCAAUAAUUUGCGAAAUCCUUAAGAGACUCCUUUAAGUGGCUUCCUUAAGGAAAACCCUUUUCCUUAAGGAAUUUCUAUUACAAAAAGUUAUUAUAACUUUCCUAAAGAGAAAAAAAAUUCCUUAAGGAAGCUCCUUAAGGAAAAGUUGUAAUAACCCUUGGCUAAUAUUAGACAACUCCUUAAGGGAUUCACAAGGACUCGCAAGGCUCUCUAAAGCCCUUGCGCUGCUAGUGCUACGAGUUCAAAGGCACCGCGAACAUGUUAACGCGUUCCCGGCUGUUAGUUUGUAGGCUACUCACGUACCCAGCCCCAUCUUCAGCAGCAGGACACUACGCGACCCCUAGCGAAUCACCCCAACGAACUUCCAGCCGCUACCCUUGUUAUUUAUCGCCCAGCGCCUUUACUUUUUUUCAAAAACUUCAGGGAGGUCAUUCAAAUACAGAGAAAGCGGAACGACCUCCCUGAAGUUUUUGUAAAAAAGUUAGCUCGCUCCCCUUCCGCGACUACCUUCCGCACACAGCAAUCGACCACAGGAGCGCGCGGCAGCCCUUGGAGAUGGUUAACCAGUAUACUUCUAGUUCUAACCAGCUCACCAGGGUCCACCCUUCAGCCAUGCAAGUCCUCACGGCUAUCAUUCUCACAGACAUCGACAUCCUCAACGGCUUCGACUUUCACACACAGCGAUGUAUAUCUUUGGCCUUCUCAUGGAUAUGAUGAUGCUCACCAGGGUCCACCCUUCAGACAUGCAAGUCCUCACGGCUAUCAAUCUCACAGACAUCGACAUCCUCAACGGCUUCGACUUUCACACACAGAGAUGUAUAUCUUUGGCCUUCUCAUGGAUAUGCUGACGCUCGCAAGGGUCCACCCUUCAGGCAUGCAAGUCCUCACGGCUAUCAUUCUCACAGACAUCGACAUCCUCAGCGGCUUCGACUUUCACACACAGAGAUGUAUAUCUUUGGCCUUCUCAUGGAUAUGAUGACGCUCACCACGGUCCACCCUUCAGACAUGCAAGUCCUCACGGCUAUCAUUCUCACGGACAUCGACAUCCUCAACGGCUUCGACUUUCACGCGCAGGGAUGUAUAUCUUUGGCCUUCUCAUGGAGAUGAUGAUGCUCACCAGGGUCCACCCUUCAGGCAUGCAAGUCCUCACGAAGCCGUUGAGGAUGUCACCUCCCCAGCCUUCCCUUCCUUGACACAGUGGGAGCCACCUUCCCAGCCUUGGCGAGCAGACUUGGCGACUUUUUUCCUUUGUCUUUCUGUCUCUUAGUAGUCAAUCCGUCUAGUUGUUAACCUAUGCCCGGCGCAGCGGGCCCUUGAUGGGCCCGCUUUCUGGGCAUGUAUUAAUAUUUCAAGUAUUAUUCAGUCAUGAAGCUAUGAAAGUUCAAACUUUAAUAUUAGCUAGUAUAAAUAACAAGUUAAAAGUUAUUUACUUAAUAUCUCGUCUUCAUCCAUGUAGUUCAACCUCAAGAACACGCUAGAAAGAUGAAGAAGUAAAUGCGCUACUUAGAUAAAGUACUACUUAAGAGUUUGACUUUCAGUACAUGCUAAAAGAUACCAAAUACAUCACAAGAAGAAAACAUUUUCGUAUAGUUACAAACUCAAACGAGGACAUCGACACAUAUUAAUAUAAUGUCAUUAUAAUUACCUCUCGUCGAUGAAAAUGCCAAAGCCAAAGAGUUAAAGUUAAUGCUGAACAAGCAUAUGUUGAGUGUCAAUGUUUUAUUCAAUUUGAUCUUGUUUUUACAUUCCGUCUCCUCAAUGAGUCAAACCUUAACAUCUUCAUCUUCAAAUACUUAUAUAACCCGUUUUCUUUUCCAUCUAUAUUCGUUCCUCUUUUCGCAGUUUUGUAUAGUUGAGUUCAUUGCUAGGAUGAAGGCACCAUGGAGGUAGUCUGAUCAGGAAAUACCAAAACCAAAGCAAACCCGUCGAAACCCGAAAGCAUGCAUGAAGAUGAUGAAUCAAGC